GGUUGCUGUUUGCGGCAGCGCACACAGAGAGAGCCCUCCUCAGAGAAAUGCCUUUUUGUACGCCCGGGUGUGUUUUUCUUCCCGCUUCUGUUUUGCGUCCUCGCCAGGGUCGGAUCUCCGUGUUCGUGGCCAUGCUCCGCGCUGGAUCCAGCGGGCUGUCCUAGCUGCCUGAGCCGCUCCAGCAGCGGUGGGUCCGGUGCAGUGCACAGCCGGGGAUGAGGCCUACUCGUUAAAGCCCCCCCACCACCCCUCCGUCGCGAUGGCGGAUGAUCAACAACAGCCCGGCCAGAAGCCGGCCUCGGGAUUAGGCUCUCUUCCAGCGCUGGUGCCGGGACUCCAGGGGCCCGAGGCCAACGCUCUGCAGUUCAAAAUCAAGAAUUCAAUUUGCAAAUCUGUACAAUCAAAAGUGGACAGCAUAUUGCAAGAUGUUGAGAAGUUUACAGACAUCGAAAAACUCUACCUCUACCUUAAGUUGCCUUCUGGUCCCAGCAGUGGCAAUGAUAAAAGGACUGAGAAUGAGAGGGGGACCUCCACUCCUGGAUUAUGUGACCAGAGUUCCAUGUCAUCAAGCCGCACUCAACAGAUGUAUGCAUUCAACUGGAUACGGAAUCACCUGGAGGAGCACCCAGAGACCUCCCUCCCAAAGCAAGAGGUGUAUGAUGAGUACAAGAGCUAUUGUGACAAUCUCGGCUACAAUCCACUGAGUGCAGCAGACUUUGGAAAGAUCAUGAAGAAUGUCUUUCCGAACAUGAAGGCCCGUCGACUGGGCAUGAGGGGCAAAUCCAAGUACUGUUAUAGCGGGUUAAGGAAGAAAGCUUUUGUUCACAUGCCGUCUUUACCCAACCUGGAUUUGCAGAAAUCUGGUGAUGGGUGUGAGCUGAUGGAGUCGUCGGGUCAGUCGCCGAGCGCUGAAGAUGAGAUGAGAUCUGCAGCCUGCGGACUGGUGUGUGAGUGGGCUCAAAAGGUCCUGAGUCGUCAGUUUGACCACGUGGAGGACCUGGCCCGCUUCCUGCUCAACAGCCACUACAUUGGUACUAAAUCCAUGGCUGCACUCACUGUUAUGACUGGCACACCCACAGGAUUGAAGACGCCAACUCCUAUCUCUGCGUUCGUGCCCACAGCAGAGGCAAACUCCUUCCAGCCACAGGUGAAGACCCUGCCCUCGCCCUCUGUUGAUGCAAAGCAGCAACUGCAGCGAAAGAUCCAGAAGAAGCAGCAGGAGCAGAAGCUCCACUCGCCCCUGCCCAAUGAGUGCCAGGUCAAGAGAGCAGAGGCCAGCACCCCUGGCCCCAACAUUCCCUGUGGCAGCCCUGCUAUGCUCUCCCCGCAGCCCACAAUAGGCAUAGUCGUAGCAGCUGUCCCCAGCCCAGUCACGGUACAGAGAACCAGGCAGUUAAUGACAUCGCCCAGCCCUAUGGGGACAGCGGAGGGAAAAGUGCUGCCUGUGAACUUCCAAGUGGUCACUCAGUCUCUUAAGCAGUCCCCCAAAACUCCCCAGAAUAUCUCGGCCAGUCCAGUGGGUGACCGACUGGCGCGACACAGCACGCGAUACGCUCAAAUCCUGCCCAAGCCCUCUGCCACCAGUGCCAUCACGCUGCGCUCACCCCCCACCCUCCUCAUCACCAACAGCCCCAUAAAAACUGUGAUGCCCAAUUCCCACGUGAGCUCUAUGAAUGUGGUGAAAAUGACGGCUAUCGCUCUGGCUCCCAGCAGCAGCAGCAGCACAACUGUGCGUCCCGCCUCGGCAGGUGUGACGACCAUGGCUGCUUUGGAUGAUUCCCAACAAUCACAUGCGGUCAUGUCUCAUUCUCCUGCAGUCAGGCCCAGUGCCCCAGCCCUCACUCUGAACUUCACAGACUUUAGAGCGGUCUCUGACGCUAGAAACGACAAUAACCCCACCUCUGGCUCAGAGAGAACUGCUGCUGGGGUCAAAGAGGAGAGAGUGGCCAAGUUCAGGGCUGCCAGUGAGCCAAGCUUCCUUGUUAAGUGUUCUCUGGGACCAGAUAAAGGGUUAAGGAUAAAAAGUGACCCCACAUCGCCUCCCACCUUUGUAGCUGUAGCUGGGACUCAGGACAGCAAUAACAGUAACUGCCAUGACGGUACUUUGUACUUGACUGUUGAUAAUCACAACUCCAAUGGGUCAUCCGCUGUUACUCCAACGUCAAAAGAUCCCUGCUUAGAUGCUAAAAGCCCCCGAAAGCGCACAGGCCCAGUCGGGGAGUCCCACGUGAUUCCUGUGAAGAGGGUGUUUAUCUCCCAGCAGCCAAUGGCUGUAAUUGACAAUCUAAAACCUGGCGCUGGUGCUGCACUGAAGAGGAUCCCUCGCCCGGGAACCCCUGCCAGACCAGAGAGUGCCCCCUGCAAAGUGACUGUGAAACACACAACCAUUGGGCCCACGCAGAUCCUCGCACUCUCCGACUUGCCCAUCACACACACAGAGGGCUCCCAGACUGUUGUCAAACCCCAGGCCUUGGUUGUGAAACCGAAUGACCACUCUCUCAGCACUAACACCAGCACCGGGGCCGCUGGAAACAACCCGUCUGAUCAGGCCUUGCUACAGCAGAUCACUGGGGACCCCCGGGCCAUACCAGCCAACUCAGGAGCACACAAAGCCUCUGUGAUGAGUGACUUAAAGAGCACAAUAUGGGAGGAGGGACACCUUGACGAGCUUCGAAAGCAGGCGUUUGCUCAGCAGAUACCAGCAGAACACAAACAAGCCCCUACCGACCAACUUUCCCUUAUAGCUCAACCCCCUGAGACCUCGGGCCAGCUCACGCUCACACAGGAGAUGGUUGACUUUGCAGGUUCUCAGCCCAACAUGGACUACUUCCCGUUCAAUGAUGACGACAUGACCCAGGACAGCAUUGUGGAGGAGCUAGUGCAAAUGGAGGAGCAAAUGAAGCUGAAGGGUCUGUUUAGUAGUUGUGUUGACGUGUCUCUACAAGGCCAGUCAGCCAGCAACCAAGGCUCUAUCCUGAACGCUCACCAGGCCAACACUACCUUCUACCACUCUGCCCAUAGUAGUACCACUCCCGUCCAAACUCCCACUCCAACACCGACACCGACUCCCACGCCCACUUCCGAAAUGACGAUCGGGCACAGCAUGACGAGAGAGAGCCCCUGCUCCCGCAUGAAUCCCAUCACCCCUGUGGAUGGAGCCAUGGGUCGCCACACACCUAUCAGCACUCCACUGUCCAACUGCAGCAGCAGUGUCCCCCCUAGCCCAGUGGAGUGCAGGAACCCUUUUGCUUUCACUCCCAUAAACUCAAGUAUAACAGGUUACCAUGAUGCCAGUAUUGUCUCCAGCAGUCCCGUAAAGCCCAUGCAGAGGCCAAUGGCGACACAUCCUGACAAGGCCAAACUGGAGUGGAUCAACAACCGCUACAACAGCAACUCUGCCAGCCCUCUAUCCAACCACAGUAUUGGUAUUCUGCCCAGCUACCAAGACCUGGUAGACGACCAGUUUCGAAAGCCACAUGCUUUUGCAAUUCCCGGCCAGUCAUUUCAAGUCCAGCCGAGACCAGAUGCUGCUCACUUUGGCCGCUUGACUCCCAUUUCUCCAGUGCAGCAACAGCCACAACAACAGCAACAACAACAAACACAGCAGCAGCUGGUCACAGGUGUAACUACUCCCACUAAACAGGAGAGCUUUGCUGUGCCUGCACCGUUAGACAACAAAGCAUCGACCUCAUCUGCGUCCAUCACUUUCCGCUGCCGCAGCGUCAGCCCAGCAGUGCGCCAGAGGAACUUCAGCGGCAACACCGGCCCUCUGACCACCACCACGAAUACCAGCACCACCACCCGUGCUGUGGUUUCGCCCUUUAACUCUCCCAUCACCUCCGAGGUGCUCAGCAUCCUGUCCAACAGCCAGACAGUCAGCUCUGUCCACAGCAUGGCCCAGCGGAGUCAGUCUGUCCCUCUGAACAUCAUGAUGCAGAGUGAGAUGCUGCCCGUGCAGGGUCAGAGCAACACCGCAAAAAUUACAAACGUCCUUCUCAGCAAGAUGGAAUCGGAUGGGGAUGAUUCAGUCCGUGGCCUGGGAAUAAACAACCUCCCCUCUAACUAUACGGCCCGUAUGAACCUCACACAGAUCCUGGAGACGACUCCUGGCUUCACUGGGGGGACUGCUCACCAGACUCAGCUGCCUGUCGGCUCGAGCCCUGCUGCCUUCGAGCUCCAGCAACACAGUUACCUCACCACUGGCAGUGGAGAGCAGGUGACUUUCUCUACCGGGGACAGCCAAGCACAAGCAGGGCCUGGUGAGCAAGACCAGCAGCAGCAACAGCAACAACAGCUGCAGCUCCAGGAGAAUCCUGUGCAGACACAACCACAGCUCCUCCUCCAGAGCACACAACAGCAGGAGGCGGAGGACGAGCAACAGCAGCUGGAUUUCAACAACACUGUUAAGGACUUGCUGGGGGAUGAUGGUCUCAACCCCAGCUCCCAGUUGGUGGGUCAGGUAGCCUCGGAGCUCAACGCUGUGGCGUCUGACUUCUCGAACGACAUCAGACUGACCUCGGAUCUGUCCAGUAGCAUCACUGACCUUAACACAUUGGACACCAACCUGCUGUUUGACCCAAACCAGCAGCAGGAACAAUAUGAAGAUUCAACACUGGAAGAACUGAAGAACGACCCGCUUUUUCAGCAGAUAUGCAGUGAUACUGUGAACUCUGGUUUCGACUGGCUAGAAAGCAAAGACCAGCCUACCACAGUAGAGAUGCUGGGCUAACGAUAUCUUUGACUCUGUAUGAUUUCCGUUCUGUUGUUUGUUUGGUGCAUAUGUAGUAUAUCUGUUUUGAAACUAUAGUUUGUUGGGAUUUGUCUGGACUUUGCCAUCCGUUCUGUUAAAAGUGCCAGGCGUACCAGAAAAUCUCUCCUACUGACGUUUAGUUACUUCUCUCCUUUUACACUUGUCACCUGGAGUUUCAGUACUGAACCAAUUUUUCUCCCUCAUCAGAAAUCAAGAAGCGUAAGAAUUUGGUGGCGGCAUGCACCUACGAGAGCAGAUCUGUAUGGUAUCAACAUAAUGAGGAACGUAAUCUUCCAUGUUAUAGCCAAUCAAUAAUGCAAUAUUUGUAUUUAAUGAACACUUCAAGAAAGUGAGAUGGGUAGGAAAUUUGGCACAAAAGACUUCACCAAAAAUUGUAUGCUGUUGUAUACUAUUUUCAGUGUGUGCAGUUCAAGAUCAACCAAAUGGAAACAAUAUUGGGAUUGUUGUAUAUGCACAUAAUAGUUGUAGUACAUUUGCCUGCCAUAUCGGAAUAUGAAAAAGGGCGGCAUCUUACCGCUGCCAGGUGCUGAAUUUAUGACAUAAUCUUUAUACUUUUAUCAUAAACCAAAAUCAGUGGAAAACUGAUUCACAUCUGAGCAUUGUCCGCAAGUGAAAUUUUCUUAAAACCUAUACUUCUUGUACUGUUUAAUAUCUUAUAAAGGGAGUAGAUGAAUUAGUAGGGAGACGAUGGGAAUUCAGGCCUCUUUGCGGACUAUACAUGGAAAGGAAUCAACAACUGGCUGCCUUACUCCCCAAAGUCCAAGGCCUUAUGCCAUCUUUAGAGAGGCUGUAUAUAGUAUAAUGUUAAGAUAUCUUCAGAACCAUCCAGAGCUUCAUCAUAUCAAGGCAGCUGUUACUGUGAUAUUUUCAGUACAAUUUCUUAUUCUGUUUUAUUAUUUUUUUUUGCAGUUACAAUAUAGACGCGUAUUGUACAGGCAAACAACUACACUCUGUGUGCCCUUAACCAGUGAUGGAUUUAGAGGAAUUGAAUAUGCUGUCAUUUCAUGAAAACACACAGCAGGCACAUGUCAUAGAUUUUAUUGGCAUGCUAUACUCCCAGCUCGGAUAAGAAUAUAAACGGUAUGGAGAAGGCUUACUUACAGAAAAAAAAAAAGCUGAAGGCUGACGUGUUUGAUUUGAUGUCAUUUUGAGAUCAAGCAGAAACUAAAUCAUUAUGUUUGUGGAGAUCCAGCCUUAUUUCCAUACCAAAGAUGAUCUGUUUGAAUAACAUGAAGAGAUUAUUACACGUAGAGACACUCCUGGCAAACAACAGGAAAACGAGCAGCGUCUGACGAUAUAUUGCAUUUAAGAAAAAAUGAUUAAGUUGCAGAUAUCUUAUGUACAGUAUGUAAAUUUGUGAAAUGGUCACUGUCCUAUGUUUUAUAGGUAACCAUGGACCUGAAAGCAUGUUGAAACCAUCACUGCUAGCCAGGUAGGCGCUGUGAUACAGUAGGAUGCUUGCUUGAGUUUUUUGGCUACUGUCAAUGUUGUAUAAGUCAUGUUUAAGCUCCAUCUGUAAAUAGGAUAGAUACAUAGAGAUUUGAUGUAUCAAGACACUAUAUUAUGGCCAUUAUUCUAGCUAAGUAUGUGCCACUGAAAAGAGAAAAAAAAAGCUUAACAGAUCUAUAGUCGGCAAGAUACUGUAUGUUGUGUGUUACAUUUCUGGCUCAAUGUGUCGUAAAAGUAAUGCUGUCUGGUCUCGCUUGCUGAUUUUCAUUUGUAUUAUUUUCUAUUCAAAGAUAAUAGGACUCUGCGGUUGCAGAAGUGAUGUGCGCUUUGAGCAGGAUCAAUAGCAUGGUUUAAAAAAAAAGUUGUGAUACUGUUAGCUGGUUGCAAACAUCUCUGUGACAGACAUUGUGCUCAAAGCCUUUCAGCAGACACUGGAAAAAAAACUUAUGUUUCAACAAACUUUGGAGGUUCACAUUAUUGCACUAAAUUUUUAUGACACAUCUUUAUGGACAAAUGUAACGACGGAUGCCCGCAAAAAAAAAAAAAAAAGACAAGAUGAGUAAGGAAAUUAACUGAACGGUCAGAAAAUGACGAAUUGUCUUGUAGCAAAAUGUGCAUUAAUCUCAGUGAGAUACACAUUUCUUACUCAUUCUCAUACAUGAGAAUUUAAAGCAUAGAGGGGGAAAAAAGUUAAAUAACCUUUUAAAACCUACAUGCUCAUUAUGUUGAUAAAUGAUUGUACGCACGCAUGUGUGAUGACUUAUGUUGUACUUUGUAUCCUUGGUAACCACUGUCUUCUGUGAUUUUGGGCAGGUUCUGUUAACCAGACUGGCAGUGCUAGUUUUAUAAGUUACAUUGUUGUGUGUUGUUUACUAAGUUAAUGUUGUUCUAUAUGUUUUGUUGACAACUGUCUCCUGUUGAUUUUACAUAUUGUUAUUUUGCUAAAUGCGUUUGUGAAGAAAUUUAAAAUUUUUCUCUUUUUUUAUUUUAACAAUAAGGCACUGAUAUUUGAAUAUGAAUGAAGGAAAUGCACCUCUUAAUGUGUACAGGAGCUCCAUCAAGUGGUAACUGAUUCUUCACCUUUGACUGACCCAGAACCAACUCUGUUCGACUCUCUUGUCCAUUUUUACCAGUUAAGAAAACCCUCCUCUGUGGUGUUGUCUGGUGUACUGCUUAAUGUACAGUAGCUUGUUAAUAUUGCAAACGCGUUGUUUCUUUUUUUCAAUGGAAAGUACUCACUGGUGAGAUUUUUAAAGUGGUUUUAAAAGCCAAUAAACUUUUUUAAAGAAUG